GUAAGGUCAUGAUUAGAAAUGACCGUGACGCCACCUGUGCGCGCAAAUUGGCCAAUCAGGCCCGACCGAGGUCACAACGAAACACUUUCCGCGGCCUGCUUCUGUAAUUUCUUGGAAGCAGGACAUCGCAUUCCAUUGUAAGCAGUUUACCUGGAAAUACUCAUCAUAGAAUGACGAUUGCCAGUUGUCUUUCGUUCGUUCUGCUGCACAUUUCUGGUUUGUCAGAUAUCAACGAUACGUCGCCAGAGCUACACACGACCAUGUAUUUUUUGCAGCCUUGUCGAAUGAAACAGACAUCUCAUCUCAAAUCAUAUGCAAGCGUAGAAUUCUUCAAAAUUGUCACCGCUCGUGUGGCAUUUAACGCUGCUUCUCGACAGUUCGGAGAUGGCUUACCUCCGAUUGGCUGGUGGUCAAACAUCAUUUGCAUCAUCGCCCCCGCCGCCCUUUCCAUAGUUCUGUGACUCCAACACCGCGCAGGAUGCCACGCCAUGUCACCAGCAAUAGCGACAAUGAAGAGCCACUCGAUGACAAGACAGCCGCUUUGCAGCUUCACUCUAAGCGUACCGAGCGCCAGAAGAAGCAGCAGGCGAAGCGCAACCGCAAGCGCGACGCUAUCAUAAGUCUCACAAAACUCCCCACCGAGCUGCUCAUCGAAACCCUCAUAUAUCUUCGGCCAGGCGAUGUCCUGAGCUUCAGUAGUGCCUGCCGCCGCUUUCGCUCCCUCGUCGACGCCAAUGCGAACGUCAUCGGCAACGCGAUCAUCCAGCAGCGCUACCCGCUCCUUGCGCAAUGCCUCGUUCUACCAAAACUCCUCGCAGACAUCGAGCCUUCAGCACGCCCCUUGCUCCUCAGUGAGAGGCGACAAGAAUUUCUCGGAAUACAGCGCAGACCCUAUCAGCAUUUACAACCGCCGGACAAACACUUCAUAUGCACUUGUCUUUCCUGCAUCCUGGCUUGGAACAAUCUCUGUGUGGUGCUCGACUUUGCGCAUUGGCAGACACACCUUGAUACUGGCGAACCGCUGCCCAUUAUAAAAAGGGGCACAGCACCAGAGUGGAAUAUAACUCUAGUGCGUCGGAAUGCCGACUUCGUGCAGUCCGCCUUGCAGAGUCCUCUUUGGCAUGCACGAAUACUAGAGAUACACCUCGGCAGCACCAUUAGGGCAAUCAGAAGGCAGGGGAAGAACAAAGGCAAUCAACGGAAGCACGUAGACAUGACGGAAGACGAUGCAGCUCGAGGUACUGAUACUUUCUUAUCCAAACCUGGGCCACUCAGCUUGGAGUUUCCCUACCUCCGAGAUGAAUACCACAUGCUGGAGGCAUAUCUGCCAAACAGAUAUUGGAAGAAGUCCGAGGAAAGAUGGAUCUAUGGCACCGCCGUUCACCAUGAUCGCGAUCUCGCCUAUGUGAUUCGAUGUGAAAACAGCAUAGGGAUCAAGUGUUGAGGACUAUCCGUAGCAGCACUUUUAAUUGGUAAAUGUGGUGCCCCUUUGGACACAACUCAUGGUAACGCCUCGUAUCACUAUGUUUGCUCAUUUUUUUCGAUCACUGGCAGUCGUGGUCUUAUCAAUCAACCGUCAUUGUCGAUGGCCCUCUCUAUGUAGAACAAGAUUUCUCCGCACUCUAUUUCGAGCGCGCUCCUUCGCUUUAUAACGUUCGGUUGACCCCCACACAUAGCCGACGCUAGCCACUCACAUUGGAUGCGUUUACC